AUGGCGUCAUGCAGAUGGUGUCGAUGCUGUCGCAUUCCAGAUACCUGUUGUGGCGUGGACCUUCAUAAUCUUUUUGCAUACAGUACAACCAAGUACAUUGUCAUCCGUGAUGCCCGGCUUGGCUUGCUACACUACACGCUGAUGUUCUUCAUUGUCGUCUACAUACUGGUCUACCAGCUUAUCGGCAACUUAGGAUACCUCAAGUUCAAUGAUGCGCAGAACACGGUGCGGCUGACACUGCAAGAGCCAACUGCCGGAUGCAACCCAAAUGAUACAGGUUGCAAGGACAGCUUCGCACCGCUGAGCCACCUCCCGUACUGUUGUGCGCAGAACUCUAGCUGCAAGACCAACGACGACGGCUCAUGCUCGUGCGAUUAUCGACCUGCCUUCAAGGAUUACAACUGCACCUGGAUGUCGGGAACAUCUGCAGCUGCUAUACGUGAGAGCUCCAUCGUAGUCUCCACAUUUACACACGAAUACACCAUGACUUUGAACACGAGCUGCUUCACUUCGUACCCGGCUGCUGCUGAAAGCUGUGACGAGUUGUAUAUCGUGCAGGAGAAGGCGCAGGUCUUCACAGCAGAUGUGGAAUCCUUCACGCUCCUCAUCGACCAUUCUGUCACUUCACCGAAAUCUGGACUGGCCACGACAUCGAGAGACAUGCAGGGUCUGCUUUUCGUCGGGCCAAACGGGAACGAUGGCAGUGAAGCAACGGCACUGAAGGACGAACUUUGCAGCAGUGCCAGCGAUGCAGUUGAUGCGCCUCGCAACGGCCGGACCACGAACAAGGCCCCGUGCUACUUGAAGCCGAGCUCGGCGGGCGGCUUGGACUUCUUCGCCGUCGGCACACUACUGCAGGCAACUGGAGUCUCCUUGGAGAGCGAGAGCUAUCCAGGAAGCGGCCAUUCAACUCGCUACGAAGGCAUCACGAUCAACCUGAACAUCGAUUACAGCAACUCCGUGCCGUGGCAUGGCCUGCAGGCCAACAUCAGCCUCCGACUGAAAGGGAUAUGGCCUCCUGUGCACCAACCAAUCCCGUAA